AUGAAUAAUGCGGAAGUGAAAGAAGCGUGUGGCCCUGAGCAGUCAUUCCUAAGGAUCAUGGAAUCUGCCGACACACAGAGCUUGCAGGACGAGAUCAAGUGGAAGGAUGAAGAGAUUUUAUCCCUCAGAGAGAAACUUGGAGCACUUCAAAGGGCCAGCAUCACCCAGUACCAUAGAGAGACUGCCUGGGCUGUCAAAGGUUGAGCUCUCCAAUGCAGACAUCCUGAGAUUCAGCAGACAGCUGGUCCUGCCAGAGUUUGUCGUUAAAGGCCAGCUCAGUCUUGCAAACACGUCUGUCCUGGUGGUUGUGGGGGUUUAGGAUGCCCUCUGGACCAAUAUUUAACAGCAGCUGGAGAAGGGCGCCAGGGACUCCUAGAUCAUGAUGUGGUAGAAAUGAGCAACCUUCACAGACAGGUAUUGCAUGCUGAAAACAGACAAGGCAUGUCCAAAUCUCUAUUCGUGGUGAAAUCCCUGCAGAAGCUGACUCCACUGUGGAGUAUGUCCCUUAUCACAUGAUGCUUAACCUUGAAACCGCUUUGAACUUAUUAAACUUUAUGACAUAGUUGCAGAUUACUCUGAUAAUGUCCCUACCAGAUACUUGGUCAAUGGUGCUUGUGUUGCUGCUGGAAAACCCCUUGUAUCAGCCAGUGCCCUAAAGUGGGAUGGUCAACUUACUGUCUAUAACUAUCAAGGUGAGCCAUGUUAUAGAUGUCUUUUUCCUAACCCACCUCCACCAGAGACCAUCACAAACUGUGCUGAUGGUGGGGUACUUGGUAUUGUUUCUGGAAUAAUAGGAAGCCUGAAAGCCUUGGAGGUUCUCAAGAUAGCAUCUGAGAUACCAUCGUCGUAUAGCGGAGUGUUGCUGAUGUACAAUGCUUUGGAUGGUCAAUUCCGCAACAUCAAAAUUCGCUCUAAGAAACCUGAUUGUGUGGUGUGCAGUGAUAAUUCAGAAUAUGUUAUUCUUAAAAACUAUGAAACAUUCUGCGGCUUAUCCGCUUCUGAUAGAUCCAGAAUGUUAAAUCUGCUCUCCAAAGAAGAAUGA